GGGAACCUAUGCAUCUACGACGCCGAUCCCUUCGUUCAUUUGAAAACUGUUUCGGUUCAUCGAAAGGGGAUUAAUGAUUUGGCUGUUCAUUCGUCGGGGAGAGUGGCGUUGACGGUGGGCAGAGAUUCUUGUUUGGGGAUGGUGAAUUUGGUUCGGGGGAGGAGGAGUUUUAGUUGCAGGUUGGUUAAGGAGGCGGAGAUUGUUAGGUAUAGUGAUGAUGGGGAGAAGUUUUUUAUGGUGAGCGAGGAGAAAAUUGGGGUUCAUGAGGCCGAGGAUGCGAAGGUGGUUUGCGAGAUAGAGGGUGGUAAGAGGGUUCUUUGCGUUGCCGUUGGCAAGAGUGGGCUUUUGUUUACUGGUGGAGAGGACCGGAGUAUCACUUGCUGGGAUUCAUCAACCGGUAAAGCUGCAUAUUCUGUAGAAGAUGCCCAUUCGACUCGUGUAAAAGGGCUUGUUGUAUUUGAGAAUAAACAUGAUGGUCAAACUUCUGAGACACCCAACAUCUUAGCUUCUGCAUCGUCUGAUGGUGUUAUACGAAUUUGGGAUAUAAGAAUGAUUGCAAAGGAGAAACCCAGUCCGUUGUCAGAGGCUAACACAAAAUCCAGGCUGACUUGUCUUGCUGGUUCUUCCAUGAAACGGGUGGUUUUGGACACUUGAGUUCUGUUUGACCAAGACUUUUUGCACUGUUUAACUUAUUUUGGUAGCAUUUUUAUUCUAGCUGAGUGACAAUUAUAGCAGUUCUAUUUCAUUCCAUUUGCAUUCUGUAUUUAACUAUUGUAAGUUAAUAGACCCACAAACCUUGAUGUAAUAUUUCUGAAGCAAUCAAAGUAUAUGAAUUUUGUUGUCCUGGAUUAA